ACCGUCCCUGAAGAUCCUACAGUUCUUCACUUAUUUUCUUUUUGUAUCUCACAAGUUUGGCUGCUUGACUAAACUCAUACGCUGGUUACUCUGCCGGUUGAGCCAAAAUCAUGAUUCCGACAAAAAUCAUCUGUCUGUUACUACUUAUAACAAGCUUUGUGUCAGCUGAGUGCCCAGCUGGCUAUGAAGUCGUCGGGUCAAAGUGCAUCCACCGCUUGACCGAUGGAUAUCUUACGUAUGAGGAUGCGGUAGUUUACUGCUACCAACACUUCGGAAAGUUGCCCGUAUUGUCUGACUGCGCUUCUUUCACGGACGUGGCCACUUAUGUCGACGAUGGAUACUCAGAAUCGCUUUACAUGGGUUAUUGGUUGGGCGCAACCGACGCGUCGGCCAACAACGUCUGGCAGUGGAACGACGGUACACCUGUUUACAUGGGGGCUCCGUACUGGGCGGUCAAUAUUGCAGGAUAUAAUGGAUGGAUAGAGCCCGGUGGCGGAACGAAUGAAAACUGUGCUGUGAUUGCCCUUCCUAGGGGCUGGCUGCUCAAUGAUGCGCAUUGUUCCACUAGCAGUACAGUUUAUUCUGUGUGCUCAAGAACUCCAAUGGAUGGUUUAUGCACAAGUCCGUACGUCUUGGUAGGCACGCAAUGUAUUCACUUACUUCUGACCGAUUAUAACUGGGGCACCGCGCGCACUCAGUGUGGAGCGACUGGAGGAGAUCUGGUAAUUCUGGAUGACUGCGACCAGUAUAUCAAAGUUGCCGCUUACCUCGAAAAACAAGGUAACCAACCACAUUCCGGCGUUUUACCUGACCUUAUCUUUGCUAUGAAUUUUAGUGAUGCCUUUUAGACCAACUUCAAUCUGACCUAACACUGGGCUUACAUAUGGGUUGAAAACUUAUAAAUAGUUGUGUUUUUAUAUUUUUUUACAUUGACAAGGCCACGAUGAAACGUAUGGAUACUGAAUCGGUGGCUCCGAUGAAGACUGGGAAGGGCAGUGGCGCUGGU